UGGCUUGUUGCACAAGUUUGUUGGAACCAAAGUAUAAUCUGGGGAAUUUUCAUUUUUAUACUGUUGACAGUUUGGUCAUUCUGACGUUCCAAUAAAAUAAACAAUGGCGUACAGUGGGUAGAAAUGGUUGCGUGAAUUUUGUUUUUGUUAUGGUUUUUCUAGAGGUUCUUCAAUUUCCUCGUAACUUUUUAUUACAAUAUGCGGAUAACCGCAGACAAUAAAGCAGCAUCAAAAUGAGGUUAAACAUAUCAGCAUAUUGAGUGUACAUAGGUUGAAUAGGAUGUAAAAAUGGCUUCUAAUUCAUACAGGGUUGAAUGGGUCGAAAUAAUCGAGCCAAAGACUCAAGAACAUAUGUAUGCCAAUUUGGCGACUGGAGAAUGUGUAUGGGAUCCUCCAGAAGGAGUGCCUGUCAAACGUACUGAUUCAAACCAGUGGUGGGAACUUUUCGAUCAAAAUACGGCAAGAUUUUAUUAUUACAAUGCUACUUCUCAAAGAACAGUUUGGCAUAAGCCAGCUAACUGUGAUAUUAUCCCACUGGCUAAGCUCCAGACAUUGAAACACAAUACAGACUGUACACCAGCUGCUGUGACAAGUCACCAGUCUACACAAACAGGACAUCAUUCUGAAAGAGGGCAAGUUCUUAGUUUAUCUGCAAGCACUCCUCAGCUUAGACGUAAACCAAGUGACCUGUGUCGUAGCAGUAGUUUUAGCCAAAGAGGAGCUGAAGCUCCGUUAUACUCAAACUGGCAUGAUUCUCACUUGUUGCCCUUGGAGCAUUUCUUACUAAAUAACAGCAGAGACUCUGAUAGUGAUCAUUCAGAUAGUGGCAGUGAAUCUUUGACUGGGCAUGAACCUGAUAAUGAGGAUUCAGACCAGUCAGAAGGCAGCUACUUGCCCCAUAGAUUGUCCCACAGACCUGUGGAGUAUCUCAACCUACCUGCAGCUGCUGCUAGAGAUACAAGGGAUAGAGAAAGAGAAGCUAAAGAAGUGAAAACUGUUGCCCCAAUACUAAAACCCUUAGCAGAACCACCUUUACAGCCAGAAAGGGAGGCUGAUAUGGAAAAGUUUGCUGUAGAUAAUCUAAACUUGGGAGGUAGAGGUCUAUUCAGAAGGAAGGCUAGUGUUCGUGAUUUACUGAGUUGGUCAGCACGAAGUUUACAAAGACCUCUGUUAGCAUCAAGUAAGCCAGUAGCUCGACAAGCUCUGGAUAUGUUUAGGCAGGUGCAGAUGUAUAUGGGAGAUCGAAAAGCUAGACCUGGUGUGUCACUGAAUUCACUACUAAUGGACAUUCUUGGUGCUGCACAUACUCAGUCUCUGCUUAGAGAUGAAUUAUUUGUUCAACUGUGCAGACAGACUACGGAAAAUCCUAGGAAGGAAUCUCUUGUGAGAGGAUGGGAACUGCUUACUAUUGCCCUAGCAUUUAUUCCUCCUAGCCCUGUUUUCCAACCUGCACUUUUGGGGUACCUAAAUCGACAUCGAGAUCCAACGUUUUCUAGAGUUUUUCCCGAUGUUAACCGAUGGCCAAUCCACGUCCAGGUGAAUCACUAUGCUACUGUAGCUUGCCAGAGGUUGGAGCGUAUUGGAGCAGGAGGCAAAAGGACAGCUCGCCGACCCAUAUUAGAUGACAUAGAGUCGGCUCGCAAGCAAAUUUUCCAAGCUAGUUUGUUUGGCAACACUUUGCGUGAAGUGAUGCAACUCCAAGCUAGCCGUUGGCCAAAUCGUAGGCUUCCGUGGCCUUUAGUUGAACUAUCUCAACAGGUACUGAGACUGCAAGGACUAACUACCGAAGGCAUAUUCCGCGUAUCAGCUGACGUAGACGAAGUGAACAGACUGAAAGGGCAAAUGGACUCGUGGGAAAUGAGCGAACCUAGUGAUGCCCACGUUCCAGCUAAUUUACUGAAAUUGUGGUUAAGGGAGCUCUACGAACCUUUGAUAUCGGACUCUCUCUAUCCGGAGUGUGUUGCCGAGCCUAUGACACCGAGGCGUGCUUGUGACCUUGUCCUGCGUUUACCUACCCUGCAUAGGAUGGUCCUCUGCUAUUUAAUACGAUUUCUGCAAGCUUUCAACAAAACAGAGGUGAUCCAACAUACUAAAAUGGACGCCUCAAACUUAGCGAUGGUUUUCGCUCCAAACUGCUUAAGGUGCACAGCUACCGAUCCUCGUACGAUGUUCGAUAACGCUCGUAAAGAAAUGGCUUUUAUGAGAUGCCUCAUUCAAGAACUAGAUACUGAAUGUGUUCGAGAUAUGAUCUGACCUCAACUUUUUUAUGUAUAUAAAGUGUUUAUACAAUCGUACCAUUUACUGUAACAUUUUUUUAUUGCAGAUUAUAGGCAUAUGGGAGGCACAGGUGGUACGUUCUCAUAGAGAUGGAGGGAUUUGUGUACUGUAUGCUUGAAACAUUUCUGACCCAUCUCCCUGUUCCAGAAAAUACUGUUUAUGCAAAAAAAAAUUCAAGACAAAAAUUGUAGGAUUUUGAGAGGUAAACACGUAAAGACCACAAAAGUGGUUAGAAAGAAACAUGUUUUUUUUCACACAGUAUUCACGCAAAUUGAAUGACUACUCGAUGUUUGUUAAAGAAUAAGCAUUAUGUAGUUUUAUUUAUGUCUCCAAAGAAUUUAUUAAGCAGAAUUUUGUACAGCAAGGACAAAACUCAAUACUCUAGUUUGACUGAACUAUAAGGAGAAAAAAUAGGUUUUGUAGCUAACCUGAAUGGAGGUGUUGAUUGUUAGAAAUAUUCUUUUUUAUUAUCUCUCUCAGGUGAGUAGUGACCCUGUUAUUUUCAAUAUUAAUUAGAUCCAUUAUAGCCUAGUCAUAUUAGCAAAUUUCCCCGAAAUAAUUAUAAAUUCUGGUUUUAUUAGUGCAAGUUGUUCAGGGGGGUAUUUAAGCCAUGGACGCAUAAGAUGGGUACACCAAUUUUUGUGGGAAAACUUUUUAUUUGACAACAAAUACACACACAAAUACGAAAUGUUUGAAUUUGUUUAGAAGAAAAAACGUAACCCAUCCUUUUUUGCAUAAAAAUAACACGUAUCUUCCGGAAUGGUUUGCGAUUCAUAUCGGCAAAGUAAACUAGUGUAUUUUGCUAUAAAAUGCCCUUUGAACUAACCCUGUUUUGGGAUAAACAAUUAGAAAUUCUCAAAAACUAUUUGACCAAUCUACUCCAAUUUUGUUGUGGUUAUUAGAAAAACGAAUUUGAGGAAUUUCAAAUAUCUGCGAGAAACCAUCGUCGCAUUACCAACAAGUGUCAAAACCUGCAGUUUGCCUCGGUUUUUGGCCAUAACUUUUUUGCGAUUAGUCGGAUCUUGUUACGUGUCGUUUCAUUUUGUAGGUCUUAUAAAUACCUAAAAAUCUUGUAUGAAGAGUUUUCUCGUUCUUUGUAGUCAAAUAAAAAGUUUUCGCACAAUAAUUGAUGUACCCAUUUUAUGCGUCCAUGUUUUUAAUACGCCCUUGAACAACUUGCAGCAAUAAAACCAGACUACAACAUUUUUUUCCAUUGUUGGGUCCAAAAAGAUCGGUUUCAUUUAGGAUUUUCAUAUUGAUCUCAACGUGACCUUAAAGGUAUUUUUAAAGGUCUCUCAAAGCUAUGCGACUUUUGUCUUGACCUUUUAUUUUGGUGUGAGCGGUAUUUCCGGAAAUUGGGGGUAGGAAACCUUUUGAAGACGAUUGCUUUUAAAUUACCUCAAAUAUGGUAAUUCAUUAAUCAGAUUAUUACUAUUUCCUGUACUCUUAAAAAUCGUCAAUCCUCUGAGACUCGGUGUUAUCGAUUUUUUAUAUACACCGAUUCUCCACGUUUUUCAAAACUGGGUGGUUAACCAACAACUUAAACUUUGUAUCUUUAUCUUGAUUUUUAAUAUUCCUUGCCAAUUUUAUACUUGCCUUGUCUUUAUGAUCUAUUAUCUUAGCAUUAAGAGUGAGGAAAAAUAUGGAAACUACCUAAUAAUUGAAAAAUAUUACCAAUAGCAGGUCUUGUUCAAACAUAUUCAAAGAUAUUAGCUUUUGAUACUCAUUCUUCAGACUGCUGAUAUAAAUAAACGAGUGCGUUUAUUUAAAAAAACGCUGAAAAUGACUGUAUUAUUCCCCUAAAAACAAUUAGGAGUUUCCAGAGUUUUUUCUCACCCUGUAUAAUUGAGAAACUUACUAAGUAUUACAGUAUUGCCUAACCUUUGCCACUAUUGGCACCAAUUCAAUGAGUGCUGAUAACCUUCCUAUUACCAUACAGGGUGUUCCUUAAUGACAUGUAAUUUUUAAGGAGGUGGUUAUUCUUGAACCCAUUUUAAACCAAAAAAUUCUUAUGAACGUACGUCGUAAACGUCUUAACUUUUGAGCUAAAAGUUUUCAGAAAAAAAUCUACUCUAUAACUGAUAGAUCUUUGCGAUGCAUUUUCUGAUGUACAAACAAUUUUAUUAUUUAGAGAGAAAAAUGAUACGCCACUGCUUUCUCUUUAUAUAAAAACCAUUUUUGACAUCUUGAAAAAUGAAAAUGCUUCAUUUCCGAGCUAAUUUCUCUUGAUUUCCAUUCGCCCGACGCAUGGUUUUCGCUUAACAAAACAAAAAUCGUUUCACCUCAGAGUCAAAUCACAAAAAUCUGAUGUGGUGACUGCUGUGCGGAAAUCGGUUUUAAAAUAAAAAAAUGUGUACCAAAUUUCAUAAAGAUAUCUACAAUACUAUCGCAGUUAUUAUAACAUGCAACUUUACCACAUGUCUCUCAAAGGUUAAGACGUUUAGGACAUACGCUCAUACGAUUUUUUUUUCUCAAAAUGUGUACAAGAAUCACCUUAAAUAUUAGCAUGUCAUUAAGGAGCUUCCUGUAUAUUCAAAUUUGACUGGUCGUUCCUAGUGCUUUUUUGGAUAUUUGUUGCUCCUAUUUUAUUAACACUCAUUUAAGGAGAGACAUGAUUCAAGUACCUGUUACUAUAAACGCUUAAGCAGUGUUAUUACUUACACAUUACUCCAUUUUUGGCCCAAUAGACAAGGCUAGAAAUCGCCUUAAAAUAAACUAACCUCUCUAAUACCCUUCGGAAUCCUAUAGAGCAAGGUGUAAACUUUAUAUCCGAUACUUGGCGGACCUAGAAAAUAUUUUUGGGAGGCAUCCAUAUAGUGAAUUUGAUAUUAGUCGCUGUUCGGGAGGAGGUCGUUGCGAACUCAAACACUUUCGAAUUUUUUUUUAACUAGGAUAUUUCUGAGGGUGUCCAGCCCACACCCUGGAUCCGCCACCGGCCUCAAAAACCGCGUUUUUAAGCAUUGAAUAUACCCAUGUGGGUACUACAGUUCUUUUUUAUUCAGUACGAUCUAGAAAAAAUCGUGAGGGGAAAAAAAUGUAAUUUAUUUACCGUGCUUAAAAAUUCGGUUAAAAAUCAUAAUUUUUGAGGUCGCCGAAUAUAUAAAUAAAAUUAAAGCCUCGCUCUACAAUACCCCGAAGAGUAUUUUAAAAAUAGAUUAUUAUCCAGAGAUUUUUUACCUUCUUUGUUAGACCAAAACUGGCGAUCUUUUGAUUUUCGCAGAAUGCACAAACUGUUAAGCCCAUGCUUUUAUUCAUUUCAAUACCCUGUAAUCGGGGUAUGUGGGCAUUUUAGAACCCAUAUUUAUAUGAACUUUGUUUUAUUCUUGGACCUAUCUUAUGCCCUAGAAAUCUUACCAUUGUUUUUUAAUAAUCCUUUAUAUUCACUUGUUCUGAUUACACAGGCCCACUAAAUAAAAAAAUGGUAUGUGCCUGGGGCCACACCAUAUUUCCCCGUAUACUUUCGCUGAACACGUAUCGGAACUCAGCAUUUUGAGCCGCAGGACAAAUACGAAAGUAAUUUGGAUUUUAAUAUCAGAUAUUUUGUAAUUUUUUUGGUGCAAUAAUCUCUGACAUGUCUGAAUUGCUUUCUUAUUUGUCCAAUGACCUCCAAUUCUUAAUUCGCAUUCGCGUUCACCGAUAAAAAAUACGUACAUGGAAAAAUAUGUGACCCCCAGAACACACCCAAUUUUUUUUUGUGGACCUGUGUCAUGAUUUUUAUAGUUUUUAUGCGUUUUCUCCAAGAUUUGUCCUGCGUCCCCCAAUUCCGACUUCAGAUUCAGGCAUGAAAAAGUAUAUGGAGAAAACAUAGUGAGACUCCAGGCACAUAUAGCUUUUUUAUUUUGUGGGACUGAAUGGGUUUUCUUAGUUCCUCAAAAAUACGCAUAGGAAGUGUUAUUUAUUUAUUAUAAAUAUUUCUAUGUAUGUAUCUAGUUGUAGUUAUGGAAACAUCAGUGCUUGAUAUCUUCCAUCCAUAGAUUUGUUCCACUCUCGAAUAUUUUUUCGAACAUAUAUGAAAAUCGCAUCACACUACCUUAUCCUUCCACUCAUGAGGUUCAAAAUAAGCAUCACAUUGUAUAGAGUACCUUUUACACUUUACCAUCUGUGCCCUUCAUUCGUGAGGUUUGAUUUACCUUUCAUUACAAAUUGUGAUUUAAAUUAUAGAAAUAAAUUGUUUUCUUAUGUAAA